AUGGGAUGCAUUACAUCUAAAAUAAGUGAAAAAGCCGAUUCUAUCAAAUCACAAAGUUCUCAGACAGAAUUUCAAUAUAUUGAUGGUAGAAGAUAUCAAAAUGCAAAAGGUGUCAUAUAUCCUCUACCAAAUGAUGAGGAAGAAUCAGAAAGAUUACACUUACAACAUUUUGUGAUAAGAUAUAUCUGGAAUAGCAACUUUUCUGCUCCCGUCAAACAUAUUUUGUCUGAACCAGGAUCAAAAAUUCUAGAUGUUGGAUAUCCAUUGACUGAGGUUGUUGGAUUAGAUCAGAUGCUACAGAAAGAUUACCAUUUGAUGAUAACACACACUUUUGAUUUUGUAUUUCAACGAUACUUGGUUUCUGUAAUUCCAAAAGAAAAAUGGCCAUAUGUAAUAAAUGAAUUAGUUAGAGUUUUAAAGCCAGGUGGAUUUUUAGAGUUAAGCGAACUUUCUAAUUUGUUUGAUGCUGGACCUAUUAAUCAACGUCUAUGGCAUACAGGUGCAAGAAUAAUGGAGGAAAGAGGUGUAGAUUUUAAUACAUAUCAAAAACAAAAAUUAGAAGAAUAUGCACAAAGCCAAG